AUGACCAUAUCCUUUGUUCCUGGGGAAGUAAAUGCUAGUCAAAGCUCCUUGGUUCAAUCUGUAUGGAAGAAUCAUCAUUUAAUUAUCUAUGGAUCGGGCAACAAUUUGAUAAUCUACAGCAAUACUAGAAAUUUGCAAACUGAGAAUAUCAGUCAGUAUUUACAAACAAUAUACCUUGAGAAUGAUCUAAUAGCAUUGGACUUCAAUAAAAAUAACGGCCUAAUUGGUAUUGCUUUGAAGUCAAAAAUAAAGAUAUAUAAGCCGGCUAACGCUUUUAUGGAAAAGCCUCGAUGGAAGGAAUGUUUAGACUUUGACAAUCACGACAAUUCUCUGAUCAAUGCAAUGCAAUGGGCAGCAACUGAAAAUGAGCUCGCUGUUGCUUCCGAUAAAUCUUUGUCAUUAUAUCAUAUUUACGCUGAGUACGGAGACUGGAAAUAUCAGAAGAGAUGGCAUUCCAUGCAAGCAAAUCCUAUCAGUCAUUUGCGAAUCACACAUAGUGCCAAUCGCAUCGUUACAUCAAGUGGAAAUUUUGAUCGACUCAUAAAAGUAUGGUCUAGGAAUUGUUAUGGCGAUCAAAAUACGUCCUUUGAAUUGAGCUAUUUGGAUCACCCUAAAAGAAGCUUUGUUACCCAAUUCAAGUGGAAAUACAGGCCGACUAGAAAUAACCCAGAUGAAAUAGAUGGAUCCAUGGCCAACAUCAAAAAUAUCAGAGGAUACAUAGAUCAAUAUGAGGAUGACAAUGAUAUAUUAUACACCUUAACAAAUGAUUCCAUAAUUAGAGUUUGGGCAUCCUAUGAAUUUGGGGGACAUAGUCAUAUCCGUUCAUGGGCAUCACUUGAUUUAAAUUCUUGUUUUGCAAAAGACGAAAUUAGCUCAGUUUGUAUUGUGGACAACACAUAUCUCCAAAAAUCACUAUUACCUUCUUUGAAAGCCUGCAGCGAUGAUAAUGAGAUUGUUUCCUAUUUCAAGUCAUCUAAUCUUAAUGGCAUGGAUCUAAUGUUCGUAAUAAAUGUAAAGGGGCAAGCUGUCUUAUAUUCCAUAACUAAUUUGAAGUCUAAUCCUCCUAAUCAAAUCAAAUUUGAAAAAGUAGGUAGCCGUCUUCUAGAAUUUGAAGCAAGCUGCUUUCCUCAGAAUUCUAAAAGAGAGGAAAUCACUACUUUCACAAAAAACUUUAUCUCAUCACCAGCAUUCGAGGUUAUUUCGAACCCUAUUCAUAUACCUGAGGUGAUUUAUUUAUCAGACAAGGAAACCUCAAAUUUGUCCCUUUUGUUACAUGACCGAGUCAAGAAUACUGUCAGAUAUGAAGCAUUGGACUUUUCUAAAUUAUUAUCAAAUCCAAAAUCUAUGGGAACCAUAUUACUAGAUAAACUUCAAGGACAUCCAAAAUCGAUAAGAAAACUAAUCAGAUCGAAUUCAUCAAAAGGAAAAGAAAAUAUGUUGCUUUCUAUUCUGAACUUUCCAGAGCACAACUAUAUCUGGGAACCAUUACAUCUAGGAGGCUUGACACAUAAAGUAACAGUAGCAAAAAGAUUUCAACUCGAUGUAUCAAUGAAAGGGAGUGAAGUUGAUCAAGGAAUUUGGACUGCCGUUUUGAUCAAUGACGUUGAACCAUCAAACACUGGCAAAAGACGCCACCUUGUUGUUACAGUAGAAAAAAAUGGAUACAUCGGCUUAUAUGAUGCAGAUGAAUCAAAUUACGAUGAUCGUCCUAUUGGAUUAAAGCAAAAGUUGCAGAUUAGUGAGGAAGGUAAUAAAUUAUAUAGUGAAGAGCCCCAGGCUCUUCUUUUCACCGAAUUGAAAGAAGAAUCUAUCGUUGUUGCAAUAUAUCGUGGAAAUUUGACAAAAGCUUGGAAAGUAUCAGAUAGUUUAGAAGCUAUCAAUAUAGAUCGAUUGCCUUCGAUUGAAGAACCUUAUAAAGUAUCGGAUAUAGAUACUUCAAUAUCGCAAAGUGAAAAAAAUUUAAUUUCUGUCAUCGAUAAAUUAGGCUUAGUAAGAAUAUUCGCUGUGAGGUUUGAAGGUGCUAAGCUUUCUUGGAUUGAAACUUUUAGCUUUUAUACGAAUGUUCCAAAUGCUAGCAAGAUCUGUGGGUCUUCAUCGAUUAACAAGUUUGCUGUUGUAGAUGGCUCAGGAUAUAACUUAUCUAUAUGGAACACCAAACUUGGGUUGCUUGAAUAUGAAGAACGAUUUCCACAAGACUUCGGACCAGUUAGAGAUUUAGAUUGGACAUUCAUUGACUCUUCAAAAAUGAAGCUGACUUCAAAUGCGAUAUUAUCGGUAGGUUUUAAAAGAUUUGUUUUAUUAUAUACUCAAUUGCGUUACGAUUAUACAAACAAAAUUCCUGCUUUUGCCGUCUUAAAAAAGAUAGACAUAUCUGAAUAUACUUCACAUGAUAUUGGCGAUUCUAUUUGGUUAGAUAAUGGAUAUUUAAUUAUUGCAUGCGGGAAUCAAUUUUUUAUUGAUGAUAGAAGAGUGAAAUUGGGCUCCAAUAAUUCAAUCGAUAGUAUUAUUGAACAACUUACUGUUGGAUAUAUCCAAUCAAUGGAUAGUGACGGUGCAGAAAAAAGCAGAAAAGCAGCGAAAGAUAUCACUUACGAUAUUUUAACUUUGGUUAGAAUGCUAAAUGGCCCGCUUCCAAUAUACCAUCCCCAAUUUUUGAUCCAAGUUUUGUUUAUGGGCCAAAUUUCGGUUGUGCGACAAGUGUUAUUCAAAUUAUUUCAACUUUUAAGGAUGGACACCUUAGUUGAUUGGAAUUUAUCCUUGACGCUAGAGGAGAUUUUGUCGCCUAAAAUCAAAAAUAAUAAAAAUGAUUCUGAAAAUGACUCUGAAAUUGAUAUAUUUAACAGUUUCAAUGAUAAUGUAGCGGACAUAUUGAGUGAAUCUUUAAUGAAGACAUCAUUACCCUUGAUUACAAGACAUCAGCAGAUUACAUUGUUAUCUCUCAUUUCAAUUGUGAAAUCAUGGCAAAAGAACGAAAGGUCUCUAGAUGAGAAUGGGCUAAGAUUCUUGACAGGCUUUAAAUUAUUUCAAAAUUCAACCAAACAAGCAAAACUCAGCAUUCGAGACAUCAAUUGGGCACUUCAUAGUGAUAGCAAAGAAGUUUUAUUUGGCUUGGUUCAAGAUCAUUACAAGAGUCGCCUCAAAUGGGAAAACGUUGAACAAUGUGGAUUGCCUUAUUGGAUCGACCAGAAAAGGCUUAUUGAGGUUGUUGAAUCUUGUGCGAGAAAUGAAUUUAGUGAGUCUAGAGAUCCGUCUGGUUUGAUUUCACUAUUAUUUUUGGCCAUACACAAGAGACAAAUCCUCAUUGGGUUAUGGAGAACAGUGAGUCAUCCGGAACAACAGAAAAUGUUGAGAUUUUUGAAUAAUGACUUCAGUGAACCAAGAUGGCGGUCAGCAGCAUUGAAAAACGCAUUUGUUCUAUUGGGAAAACAUAGACUUAUAGAUGCUGCUUAUUUUUUCCUUUUGGGAGAUUCUUUGAAGGAUUGUUGUAAUAUAUUAGCAGGUAGACUUAAAAAUGUACCAUUGGCUCUUGCUAUUGCAAAAGUGUACAAGGAAGAUUCUCUUGACGUGGUAACCAACAUUAUCGAAAAUUAUAUCGUUCCGGAAGUUCUCCAAAAUGGCGAUCGAUGGACAACAAGUUGGAUCUUUUGGGAAAUGAAUUUGAAGGAGAUCUCUAUUCAAGCCUUGAUAAAAGCUCCAGUUGACAUUAUCAAAGCACAUUCGGAUGUAUUUUCUGAGACGUGUAAUAAAAAUCAUCUCGAGCACAUAGAGCUUGGAGUUGAAUCGCACAUUUACUCUAAAGAUGAUCCCGUCUUAGCUGUGUUAUUCCGAAGCUUAAGACGAAGAACUGUAAAAUACUUACGGGGCUCUUUGGGUAUCACCCCAUUAGAGGAAUUUGAUUUUGUUAUAAAAGUUGGAUUGUUAUACAACAGAAUGGGUUGUGAUUACUUGGCAUUGAUGUUAAUAAGGAAUUGGAAUUUCAUUAAAUACGAUAAGGAUGAAAAUACAAUCGAUUGGAAUAAUAAAAAGAGCAAUGAUUUACCAGAAACCAUCGAGCCGGCCAAUCCAAUCAAUCAUCAGCCUCCACCGGCUGCAGCAUUUGAAGAGCCAGAUAUGAGUGCCUUCAACUUUGGGUUUUAG